AACUAUAACGAUUUGGGUACGCGUCUAUUACAAGUUAAAUAUAGCUGAAACAUGGUAUGCAUGGUAAUUAAUUGGGCAUAGAAACUCUCUCUCUAUUUCUGUAACUGUCGUCCUCGUCUGACCACCAUGAAGAAAAAAUAUGCUUCCAGGUGGACUUUGAAAACCCACUUGGUUGUUGAAUUGGGUUUGGAUGGUAUGAUUAGGACUACCAUAUAUUCUUCUGUCGCUCAUCCACUUCCCCAAACCUCCACGGUCUCCUUCGUUGUUUACCAGAGCAACUUUAAGUAACUAUCACGCUUUCUUCCAUGGAAUGAAUAUAUAAUUAUUGUUUAUGAUUUGACAAAGCAGAAUGUUCUUUUCCCUUUAAAAAAAUGAAUCUGAGAUCAAGGAAUUGUUUUUGGCAAUUGGGCUGAUAGUGAUGCCUACGGUGAUGAUGAUGAUGGUGGUGAUGACGAUGAUGAUGUGGUAGUAACAGGGGAAGAGCACAGAGAUUUGUGGAUUUUGUGUAAGGAGAGAUGAUGGGAAAAUGGCAGUGGGCAAGGCAAAGGCAAUGCUUUGGGUGGGUGAUUCUGUUGGGUCUGGUAAGCAUUGUGGGUAUCCUUCACACGGAGAUCAUACCUAGUGCGCAGCCAUUGUUGCCUCUGAGAGCAAUACAAGCCCAUCUCUAUAACUAUGUUCGUGGCGAAUCAGUUAACAAAAAUAGGAUUGCCAUCUGCCUGGUGGGAGGAGCUAGGAGGUUUGAGUUGACAGGCCCUUCUCUGCUCAAAUAUGUGGUGAACAGGUACAACAAUUCCGAUAUAUUUCUGCAUGCCCCUCUUGACAAGGACUCGUACAAAUUUGGCCUGCUCAACCAGGCGUCCUCUCCCUUAGCAGCAGUGCGCAUUUUCCCCCAACAGAGGAUAAAUGAAACCUCCCUGAAGGCACAGAUGUUCACAUCCACCGGCUCACCUAAUGGAUUACAGGGACUACUGCAAUAUUUCAACUUGGUUGAAGGAUGUUUGACAAUGAUAAAGUCAUACCAGAUCAAACACAACAUAAGAUAUGAUUGGAUUGUCAGAACAAGAGUGGAUGGAUACUGGAAUGGACCCCUUCCGCCUCCUGAAAGCUAUUCAAAAAACAAGUAUAUUGUGCCAUCAGGUUCUCAAUUUGGCGGACUUAAUGACAGACUUGGAAUUGGUGAUAUGGAAACUAGUGAAGUUGCACUGUCAAGAAUGAGUCUUAUACCUAUUCUGUAUGAUAAUAACUAUAGAAAUCUGAAUUCAGAAACUGCUUUUAAGCAUCAACUAGAUGUGAAAGGUGUAGGAUAUAUGUUCAAAACUUUUCCCUUUUGCAUUUUGAGUGAGAGAAAGUAUGAAUGGCCUCCUUCUAGAUGGGGGGUUCCUGUGGCUUCACUUUCAAGCAAAGGAAAAUUAAAUGGAGCCAAAUGUAGGCCCUGUACACCUGCAUCAAGAGGAACAGAUGCAAUGAAUAUCAUUGGGUAUUUGAUAAAGUCGUGGAGUUGGAUUUUGAGUACACCUGGGUUAGAGCUUUGUGAUGCUCAUGAAAGUUGGGAAGAAAAUUGGGAACAAAUAUUUGACAAGGUGGCUGGGCCUAAAUUCUCUGCUCUUAGAAAGAAGGUCAAAAACCGUGGUCUAGCUGAUUGCAUCAAAGAUUUUGAAGCCAUGAAACAGAAGACAGCUGAUUGGGAUGCUCCUCCGUCAGAAACCAUUUGCAAGAAAGCGUUUCAGCAAUCACAUUGACUGAAAAGAAGGUUGUUACAUGGUUACUCUGAGUAAGAAGCCGUGCAAAGAAUCAAGUGGCAUCUCUAUGUUGAAGACAUCACAUCAGACUGAUAGCCUUUAUGGAAAAAGUUGUAUAAUAGUAUCCUAACGAACACCUGACUUCUUUCAAACACGGGCAACCUGGCUUUUCAUAUUCAGCUCAGAUAGGGCUGGAGUUGUAAUGGAAGAUGUUCUGAAUCUGGAUGAUAUUGUGGAGUUGUUUUUAGAUUUUCACUAAAAAAAUUGGUAUCUUUCUGUAUCUUGAGUUUUUUAGGGAAACACCAUAUAUCUUCUUUAGAGAUGUUCACCUAAUGUAUAUGGUUAAAUCUUUAUUUUCUCCCUCA